CCGGGGAGCUUCUUAGACUUACAUGCUGCUGGUAUAUUCCUAGAAUUCCACCUUAAAACAAGCUGAAUGUCCUUAUGGCUGACAUCUCAGCAUGGAAAAGUUUUGCUUAAGCAAUGACACACUGCAGUUGGAUCCUUCUCACCCACAUCUGGAAGCCACAUGUCAGCGGCAGCUAUAUAAAACGGUCAGACCAGCAAUCUUAGAGUGACAUUGUUUGCCAAAAUCCCAGGCAGCAUGGACCUCAGUCUUCUCUGGGUACUUCUGCCCCUAGUCACCAUGGCCUGGGGCCAGUAUGGCGAUUAUGGAUACCCAUACCAGCAGUAUCAUGACUACAGCGAUGAUGGGUGGGUGAAUUUGAACCGGCAAGGCUUCAGCUACCAGUGUCCCCAGGGGCAGGUGAUAGUGGCCGUGAGGAGCAUCUUCAGCAAGAAGGAAGGUUCUGACAGACAAUGGAACUACGCCUGCAUGCCCACGCCACAGAGCCUCGGGGAACCCACGGAGUGCUGGUGGGAGGAGAUCAACAGGGCUGGCAUGGAAUGGUACCAGACGUGCUCCAACAAUGGGCUGGUGGCAGGAUUCCAGAGCCGCUACUUCGAGUCAGUGCUGGAUCGAGAGUGGCAGUUUUACUGUUGUCGCUACAGCAAGAGGUGCCCAUAUUCCUGCUGGCUAACAACAGAAUAUCCAGGUCACUAUGGUGAGGAAAUGGACAUGAUUUCCUACAAUUAUGAUUACUAUAUCCGAGGAGCAACAACCACUUUCUCUGCAGUGGAAAGGGAUCGCCAGUGGAAGUUCAUAAUGUGCCGGAUGACUGAAUACGACUGUGAAUUCGCAAAUGUUUAGAUUUGCCACAUACCAAAUCUGGGUGAAAGGAAAGGGGCCGGGGGACCAGAGGGUGUCCACAUAUGUUAACAUCAGUUGGAUCUCCUAUAGAAGUUUCUGCUGCUCUCUUUCCUUCUCCCUGAGCUGGUAACUGCAAUGCCAACUUCCUGGGCCUUUCUGACUAGUAUCACACUUCUAAUAAAAUCCACAAUUAAACCAUGUUUCUCACUUUUCACAUGUUCCAUAGCAACUGCUUUAUAUGACUGAUGAUGGCUUCCUUGCACACCACAUAUACAGUGCGCAUGCUUACAGCCAGGCUUCUGGAGCACCAGCUGCAGCCUGGCUACUGCUUUUUACUGCAGAAUGAACUGCAAGUUCAGCAUAGUGGAGGGGAGAGGCAGAACUGGAGGACAGGUGCAGUGAAAGUUCUCUACAGCUAAGCCUGUUUGAAUGAUAUUUAGGGUCCCCACCAAAAGCAGGCUUUCUGCCCUGAGGGACAUCUUCCCACUCCCCUGCUCCACAUGAGCCAUGCAUGCUUAGCAAUCCAAGUGCAGAGCUCUUUGCUCCAGGAGUGAGGAGACUGGGAGGUGAAAUGGGGAAAUGGAAGGGUUUGGAGGCAGAGCUGAAAACAGGGUUGGAAGGAUUUCCUGAAUUAGAAGACAAACGUUAGCAUACCCAGUAAGGAAAAUGAGUGCAGGGGCCAGGGGAACCCGUGAGGAUCACUCUCAAAUGAGAUUAAAAACAAGGAAGCAGAGAAUGGUCAGAGAAUGGGACUCAGAUUGGGAACUUGUGGGGAUGAGAGUGACCAGGUUGAACUGGGAAGUGGAAAAAGGAGUUUGAGUCACUGGCACCUAGAGGCCUGCCCACGAUUCCUAGGAAGGCUGGCAGACACCCUGGAACCCUGGGGAGCUACUGGCAAACUCUCCUGGAUUGGGCCUGUUUUUUUGGCGGGAAAGGCUGCCCUGGGGAUCAACUUUCCUUCUGUGUGUGGCUCAGGAGUUCUUCUGCAGAGAUGGCGCUAUCUUUCCUCCUCCUGUGAUGUCCUGCUCCCAACCAUUUGUACUCUUCAUUACAAAAGAAAUAAAAAUAUUAACGUUCACUAUGCUGAAAA